AUGGCGAAACAAUCUAUUCAAGGUAUUCAAGAAAUGCGAAUUCGAACAUUAACAACGCAUUCGGUUAUCGCUCCUGAAAAUCUUCAAUUUGUUAAAAGAGAACAUGAAUCAUGCAAAUGGACAUCAUCAUUAAUCUGGGCUGCUCUGAUUGUAACAUUUUCAACUAGUUUCGUUAUGGGUGUGAAUAAUGGUGGUCCGAAUCAAUAUAAUUCAUUUAUUAUUCCUUGGACAAGAGGAUAUCCAUUUCCGUAUCAAAAAGCUGAUGGCGUCGCACAAUGGGUAGCGACUGUUUGGUGGGACUGUAAUUAUACUGCAACUUCAUCUUUUAAUAAGACAGGCUAUUACUAUUUACCAAGAAUACCUGUCGAUAAACAGGUUGUACAAAGUAUUGUCGAUUCGAUGCAUUCGAUUUGUCUUGUUAUUGGUGGAACAAUUGGAGGUUUAACUGGGCAAUAUUGGUAUUUGCUGUUUACAAGACGCAAUGCUAUUUGUGUUAGUAUGGUUUUUCAAGUAGUAGCGUCGAUUCUUAUGAUAAUUCCAUUGGAAAUUUAUAAUGGAUAUACAAAAGGUGAUCCUGAUCGAAGAGAGAUCAAUAAUGCACUUGAAAGUUAA